AUGCAUUUAUGGAGCUUUCUCGUCAUUCCAUCGUACCUGGUGAUGUACAAGCUACAUAGCUGGCAGCUGCGAGCAGGUUUUUGGCUGGUUGUGACGUUGAUUGGGGCUGCUUCAGGUCCUUCGGCUCUACAGUACUGCCUGACUGUCCUGAUUUUUGCGGCGCCUGUGAUCUUUGACCUGCGAGUGACUCCGUGGUCGGGGUUUCUAUUGUGGAUGGAAAACCUCGGCUUCAAGAAGUACUUGGCCAGGUGCGAGCUGCGAGGACGUCUGGAUGAUGUGAAGCCCGAAAAGACGUUUUUUGCCUUCCAUCCGCAUGGAGCUGUUUGCUUUGGCUUCACUGUCAACGGCAUUUUCAAUUCGAAAUUCGUGAGCAAAUCAGCGAAGAUAUCUUUUUUGAUUGAUGACUUCCUGCGGAAUGGCAACCCCAUCUUUCGUAUGCUCUGCGACAGGUACUCGACGGACAAGUGGCAGAUGUCAUCAGCUAACAAGUCCACCGUGCAAAAGCUUAUGUCUGAAGGGGCCAAUGUAGCUCUGGUGCUUGGUGGGUUUGAAGAAGCAACGGUGUGCGAAACUGGCAAGGACAGCGUGGUCCUGAAUUCCAGGAAAGGCAUCAUUAAGUACUGCUUGCAGCAUGGGUACAGAAUACAUCCUGUGUAUUCUUUCGGGGAGGAUGAAACAUACUGGUUCGUGACUGGACUCGUGGACUUCCGCUUGUGGUUGAAUCAGUUCAAAAUUCCUGCUGUGGCUUUCUUUGGAAACUGGAUGGCGCCAUGCCUGCCAAGAUGGCAGGCCAGAAUGCUGACGGUCAUUGGGGAUGCGAUAGAGUGCCCGCAUAUCCCAGCACCGUCCCAGGAAGACGUGGACUUGUGGCAUGCCAGAUAUGUCAAAGGUCUGACCGCAACGUUUCAGCAAUGGAAAGCGGCAGCUGGAAGACCAGAUGCCAAGUUGGAGGUUUUCUGA